AUGGGUCCAUGUCUGCCCCCCAGGUCCCUCAGGCAGUCCCUCACCUGUAUCAAGAACAGCCUGCGUAUAUUCAUUGACCUGGGGGAGAAAGACAAGGCUGCAGAGGCCUGGCUGGGGGCUGGUCGCCUCUACUACCUCAUUCAAGAAGAUGAGCUGGUGGAGCUGUACCUGCAGGCGGCCAUCCAGACAGCCUUGAGAUCAGAGGAACCCUCCCUGGCUCUCAAACUCUAUGAAGAAGCAGGUGACGUGUUCUUCAAUGGGACCCGCCACAGGCACCGUGCAGUGGAGUAUUACCGGGCUGGGGCUGUUCCUUUAGCAAGGAGGAUGAAGGCGGUGAGAACCGAGCUCCGGGUUUUCAACAAGCUAACCGAGCUAGAGAUCAGCCUCAAGGGUCAUGAGAAGGCUUUGGAAUUUGCCACCCUGGCUGCCAGGCUAAGUGUAGUCACAGGAGAUCGGAAGCAGGAGCUGGUGGCCUUUCACCGCCUGGCCACUGUGUACCACUCACUGCACAUGUAUGAGAUGGCCGAGGACUGCUACCUAAAGACUCUGUCCCUCUGCCCACCAUGGCUGCAGAGUCCCAAGGAGGCUCUGUACUACGCCAAGGUGUAUUAUCGCCUGGGCCGUCUCACCUUCUACCAGCUAAAGGAUGUCCACGAUGCCACUGAGUACUUCCUGUUGGCCCUGGCUGCAGCAGUCCUGUUGGGUGACGAGCAACUGCAGGACACCAUUAGGAGGAGGCUUGACAACAUCUGCCGGAGCUCCCUGUGGCGCAGCCAUCCCUCAGGGUGCUCCUCAGAGAGGGCACGGUGGCUGAGUAGUGGGGGCCUGGCCCUCUGAGGAGAGCUGUCCCCAUUUCUGACCAGUUGCCAUAACCAGAUGCUGCCCCUCUCUGUACCCCAGGCUCUUAUAUACUAAUCGGGAGGGUCUGAGUCAGUACCUGCCCAGCCUCUCAUCUUACCAGGAGAAGAGCGAAGCCCACAGGGAAAGGGGCCCAUAGCCCUCCAAGGAGCUGAUGAUGGAGCUGUGAUAAGUCCUGGCUCCAGGAUU